CGCUCUUCCCUCACCAGUACCCUUGGGAUCUUUUCUAACAUCGAACUUGAAGUCUUCCUAGAGUAACGACUAAUUUGCCAUACAUACUAGAACACCUGCUUCAGAAGGACCUUGUGUCAACUAUCUCACUUUGUAUCGUUUUGCUUUUAUUUACAGAGACAAUAAACUGAUGAGAAAUGCAGUGGCUAUCAUUGUUGAUAUACUGCGGAUUCGUCCUGGCGAUCACUGAUGGAACUCUAUUCGUGGAACGAGGCAGCAGAGGGAUUGUGCCCUGUCCUCUCGCAAAAUCUCGCAAACUCUCCCGAGAAAACGUCGACGCGAUGUACUGGUACUAUGGCUCAAUGAGCGACAUAUCCAUCCUCAUCUCGUACUUCUUGGGAAGAGUGGCUCCCCAAAACGGGAUCCCAGAGGGCGUCUAUGAUAUCGACGAUGAGUUCAAUCUCAUCAUUGAGAACGUCAACGCCUCCAAUGAGGGCACCUACUUUUGGAAGUUGAAACCACAUUUGAAAGCGAUGGACGAGGGACAGGUUGAAGUUUGUGUCAAGGUCUCCCCAAGACGUCCAUAUCCUACCGUCAUCGGCUGCAAUCAAGUCCUAGCCGCAGACACGUGUGAGAUGAGCGUACAACCUAACAGCACGGUGCACAACCUGACCUGCGUCAUUGAGCAGGUCAAACCUGCUGUUGAACUGAGAUGGAUCCAUCUGUUUUUGGGCGGGAAGACUGAACUAAAGGCCUCCACAUCAGUCUGGCCUGAAGUUCUACCUGCCUACACUGGGGCGUUGUUGAGGAACAACACCUAUUCGACUUCGGCAUCAGUCCAAGUGACAAAAGUUGAUGGCGAUAAUGAAGUAUACUUGUGUGAGGCAAUAGGGGUUGCUGUUGGUAAAGGCGCACGCAUGAGAGUACGCCUUACCAAAGCUCAUCACACCACAGUGCCUCAUGAGGAAGUUCAGUCCGACAAUCCAGGGUCGUCGUUGAGGACCAACACCUAUUCAACUUCAGCAUCAGUCCAAGUGCCUGCCGUUGACAGUCAGGAAGCAUGCACGUGUGAGGCAAUGGGUGUUGAAGGCAAUGGCGAACGCAUAAUAGUACACCUUACCAAAACUCAUCACGUUCAAUCAUCCAACAAUCUAGGAACAACGCUUGUUUGGGCUGACGAAGGUACACCAACUGCCAACAAACCUGCUCAGAAUACCGUUCCUGUGAUUGCGCUAGGGGUCGCGUUGACAUUCGCAUUGAUCUUCAUUGUCAUUAUGUGCAUCCGCCUGGUUUAUUUACAGAAGAAAUGCAAUGAAUUCAAUCGUGCACUGGAGAGGAGGCCUUACGCCCCAGUGCCAACUACUUCCGGCGAUAACCAUGAAAUGCAGACAACCAUUUGA